AUGGCUGACGACCUGGUGGCGCUCCAGCGUCAGAUCGACGGCUACUCGUCUUCUGACGAGGAAACUACGUCUGCGGCGCCUGCGAAGGAAGCCGACGACGGGUGUCAGAGCGAGCAAACAGACGCACAGGAUGGUGAAGCCGCGCCCGCCACAAAAUCUGACGACGAGAGCUUCUUCGAUCUCGCGGCCGUCGUCGCGGAAGGCCGGCAGCGCCGCCUUGAGCGGAAAAAGCGGGCACGACAGCCAGAGAGUGGCUCUAACAACGGAGUCUCUCCAGGCGUCCAGCUGCCUUGCCCAGUAACGGAAAUCGACUUGAUGGCUGAGCGCGUGCGAGAGGAGACAGAGCGCCGCGAGGCACACGAAAAACGCGCGAUGCAACGCCCCGAAGAACUCACGCACGUCUCUGCAGGAGGGCCGGCCGGAGACGGCCUCAGCCGCCGAGAGCGCCGCCGGCAAAAGAUCGAAAAUGCAAACAAAAAACCUCAGCAAGUUUACGUCGGGCUGCCGAUCGGCAAAACAUGGCACGUCCCGCUCGUCGGCAUUGAAGGCCGAGGCGGGUACAGGAAGGGCGCCGACGCGGUGGCGCAGGACGAAGAGGAUAACGAAGCCAAAUCCGGAGAGAAGCGGAAGGCGAUGACCGUGAAGGAAAAGGAGAAGCUGAAGCGGAAGAAGGGGCAAAGCUCGCAUGCAACGUGGAAGCCUGAGCUUUGGAUGCAGCUGCGCCAGCAGUACGACUGA